AUGCUGUGUUUCCUGGUCCACAGCGCCAGCCCACCCGCCGCGAAGGAGCAGCCGUCGCCUUCGUUCCUCUGCACGGCUGCGAAGCCCCCCGGCAAGCGCAACGCUCGCCGCCUCCUGCGCUGGCCUCCCGUGCCCGUCUGGGGAGAGCGGGGACGCCGCUGCUGCCGCCGCUUGUUCUUCUCCGGCUUGCUCUUUUCGCCGCCGCCGCCGUCGCCGUCGUCAGCGCGCCGGGGCUUCUUCGGCUCUGCGCUGGAGAACGGCGAAGCUCCCGGGGAGAUGGUCUGCAAGCGCAAAGGAAUCGGGCUACGCGCCUGCCCGCCCCGGAAACAGCCCCGUUGCGCCGCCCUCAGGGGAAAUGCGGCGGGGACCGGCGCCCCUUCGCCGCCCUCGACCGACCCCGCCGAAUGCCAGCAGGUGCUCUUGCCCGAGCAGCACCUCUGCCCUCUGCCCCGCGCCGUAGACUGUGUCAGGGAAGGUUCGCCUAAAGACUCGGCCGCCGAGGAGGGGAAGGAGUUAAGCCCGAGUAGCUCUCCCUCGCAGCUGCCGGAGCUCGAGGGGAGAGAGAAGCACGAGACGGGCGAGCCCUACUGCGAGGAGCCCCCCGAAAACCCUGAGGACUGUUGCCAAGAGUCGCAGGCCCCGGUGCCGGAUAUUAACCAGCUGCCUCCCUCCAUACUUCUCAAGAUAUUUUCCAAUUUAUCUUUGAAUGAGCGAUGUCUUUCAGCAUCAUUGGUUUGUAAAUACUGGCGUGACCUCUGUUUAGAUUUCCAAUUUUGGAAACAAUUGGAUCUCAGUAGUCGUCAGCAGGUCACUGAUGAAUUACUGGAAAGAAUUGCAUCACGAAGCCAGAAUAUAACUGAAAUCAACAUUUCUGAUUGUCGUAAUGUGACAGAUACUGGUGUAUGUAUGCUAGCAUCUAAAUGUCCCGGACUUCUAAAAUAUACUGCAUAUCGGUGUAAACAGCUGUCUGAUACAUCUCUAUCUGCUGUUGCCUCACAAUGUCCUCAGCUUCAGAAAAUUCAUGUUGGCAACCAAGAUCGUCUUACUGAUGAAGGACUUAAGCAGUUGGGCUCAGAAUGCAGAGAAUUGAAAGACAUUCACUUUGGGCAGUGUUACAAGAUCUCAGAUGAAGGAAUGACCAUUAUAGCUAAAGGGUGCCUGAAGUUACGGAGAAUAUACAUGCAGGAAAACAAAUUAGUAAGUAUUUUCUGCUAUACCUUUAAAUUGAAAUUGUCCCUCUAA